CCGAUCGCUCGUUUGGUUGCCAUGAGGGAGCUGCGCUAGUCGGGCAUUCUAUCUUUUGUGUGAGCCUUGCACUUCCUGCUCGCCUGCUCGCUUGCUGCACAGCAGAGAGGAAGAAGAAGGAGGCGAAGGUCGCGAAGCUGGGUUAUCGUCGUCUUUCGCCUUGAGGGUCUGUUGUGUGAGUCUGGCCGGGAACUGGGAAGAACGUCGCCCCAAGACGUGGUGGUGUGUGAUGGAUUUCGAACAUGAGAUGACAGACAGGAAGCUCUAGAAGAAGAAGAGGACCCUAAGAGAGUGAGUCGCAAUCGAUUAUGGGGUGGCGCAGGACACGUUCAGUGCGGUGGUUUGAGGGGGCGAUGCCCAAAAUAUUGAUGAUGCCCAUGACUACCACCCCUUCUACCACUUGUACCUCUACCUCCUUCUCCUGGUGUAAAAGAGAAGCCAAGUGAAGCUCUCCGUCACUUCACUUCGUCGCCCCAACCCUAAUGCACCACUUUACUAUCAUCACUACGAGCAUCCUCGUCCGUGCUGCUCCCGUCCCGCCCGUCCUGUCUGUCACCUCUCUGCUGCCCCCGCUAGCUUCGACUGCGACUUGAGUGCCGUAGAAGAGAAUUCCCCUGCCCCGUUUUUUCCCUCGCUUGCGUUUAAAAGGCCUGUCUGUUCUCCCGAACUCCCUGCUCGGACCCGGGGCCCCCCUGCGCGACCUGUCUUCCCGGCGACUCACUUGCUGCUGCCCAGCCCCGAUCUGCCCGGACUCCAGUGUAAUGAUCUGAGUGACGAACGUUAGGGAAACACUGGGCCAGGAAAUAUAGAGUCAAGCCAUUGAACUCCGAAGUUACUCUGGUGGUACACAGCCAUCACCCCGGACAGGAAUGAACUUGUAAACAGCAAUUGCUCGCCGAUCGAACAUCCAUGUGCGUGUCGUGAAGUGUGCAUUCGCACUCCUCUGCAGAAAUACAACCGCCUGCGACCUUCUUCAACAAGCCUGUAAAUAAUCAUCAAAUCAGAAGAGCCCUCAAUUUGGUGCACAAAACCACAGUAAUUUCGGGGCUGGCCCGGGACUCUAGACCUCGCUGUCUUGCAGACUGCUCCGUCGAGCUUCUCGAUUUGUCUUGAGAGACUGUGAUCCCCACUUGGGCACUCGAACUCGCCUGUGAUCCUAGAUCUUUGGGGGAGUUCGUAACGCCUGAGGAUACUUGAACGUAUGCAUCCUACUUAUCCUGCUGUGGAACAUCGUCAAUACGGAGCAAUGUUCCUCUAAGGCUGAAUCUGGGAUUUGUGGAGAUCACGUUACGGUUAAGGCCGAAUGUUUUCAAACCCAAUGUACUCCCCCGAUAAACGUUGAGUGUCCUCUGACGAGAGACAGCUCUCUGUCAGUAGGCCAGAGGUGUCCUUGUCAAGAGAAACACUACUCCACUGCUGAAGCUGGGAAGUAGCCAGGGGUCACCGGAGAAGAAUGCCUGCUUAAGGUCAUUCACGGUGCUUCGGGCCUGGGCAUGGUCAUAGGGUUUCAGGACAUUUGUCAGGAGAACGAGGGACCGGGACAACUCGACGAGAAAUGUUCUACUGGUCUAAGGCCGCUACCGCAUGCCGAAAUCGAAUGAGUUUCUUUCGAGCGUGUUUUAGUGGGAGAGUGUCGUGAACCAAGAGAAAUGAUCAUGACUCAUACUCAAACCCGGAGGAGGAGAGAGACUCUGCUGAGCUCGUGAGAUUCAGGUCGCAAGUAGGGAUUGGUCGAAGAAUCUAAAGUUUGAUGUGGAACCUUAAAACGGGGAGCACUAGAUGUCAGCUGACGAAAUUCGGGCGUGGGACUUCGAAAUACACACCGAAGUGAUAGAGGGUCUGUGAGCAGAACCAGGAGAUGGAGCGACCCAGCGGGUUCAUAUCGUAUUUGUUCCAAGGGGAAGACUGUUUGGGCGAUGUGCUGAUAUCCCCUCAAGAUGCCGAUCAUUCUUAUGUACAAUACUUAUUUGACAAGGAAAUCCGUGUCUCGUUUAUGUCUCCCCCAAGCGAGCGAUGUCUUCCGCUGACGGUGCUACACACCAUAGCAUCCAAUGGUCCAUGGUUUAAAUUGGUUCCCGCUGAGCAACAUGUGCACGGCCUGGAUCAGCUGUACACAACAUGUCUUGAAGAAGCCAAGACAGCAGUCGUGCAGCUUGAGAAUGGGAACGAAUUGCAUCUGGUUGCCAUGGCUCCGAGGGCUGGAACGCAGCCGAGACCUUGCUUUUGGGCAUAUCUGACAAGUGAAGGAAUGUACGCGUCAUGCCUCGGAAUGUUGAAUCUGAGAUGUCUGGCCAUGGUGUUUGAUCUAGAUGAAACACUCAUUGUUGCCAACACAAUGAGGUCUUUUGAAAACCGCAUUGAAGCACUUGAUAGAAAAAUUCGUGGGUUAGAGAAUGAUCCGCAAAGAAGAGCUGGUAUGGCAGCAGAGAUGAAAAGGUACCAGGAGGACAGGAGCAUUCUUAAACAAUAUGUGGAUAACGAUCAGGUAUUUGAGAAUGGACUGUUAGUGAAGGCACAGGGGGAAGUUGUCCCUCCUCUUGCAGAAGGAGCCCUUCCGUUGGUGAGACCCAUUAUCCGCCUUCCCGAGCGCAAUAUGGUGCUCACACGCAUUAACCCAGCUGUGAGGGAUACAAGUGUUCUUGUGAGGUUACGCCCAGCAUGGGAAGAACUUCGGAGCUAUCUUAUAGCAAAAGGUCGCAAACGAUUUGAGGUGUACAUAUGCACCAUGUCUGAAAGAGAUUAUGCUCUAGAAAUGUGGCGUCUUCUUGACCCGGAAUCUCGACUCAUCAAUAUCCGAGAGUUGAUGGAGCGGGUUGUAUGCGUGAAAUCAGGUAACAAAAAGUCAUUAUUGAAUGUCUUCCCACAUCAUCGGUGUCAUCCAAAGAUGGCUAUGGUGGUAGAUGAUCGAUUGAAAGUCUGGGAGGAUUCUGACCAACCACGGGUUCAUGUUGUGCCUGCUUUUGCUCCCUAUUAUGCACCACAGGCAGAGACGAACAGCCAAAUACCAGUCCUAUGCGUUGCGAGGAAUGUGGCCUGCAAUGUUCGGGCAGGAUUUUUCAAGCACUUCGACGAAAACCUUUUCCAACAGAUGUCCGAAGUGCAUUUUGACACAGAUGUCGCAUCACUACCUCGCCCCCCUGAUGUUAGCAACUACUUGGUGCCAGAGGAAGGUGCUUUUCCAGUCUUUAGUAUGCCUAAUGGGCCGAAAGAGUUUCCCGAUGGAAUGGCUAACGUGGAAGUGGAAGCCCGGUUAGAUCAGGCAUCGAACAAUGUUGGACUUCCAAGGACGUUUCAAGGAGAGAACGAAGAGAUGAGAUUAGCGUUAGACCCAAUAGUGCAGUUAGUGCAACCUCCUCCUCUAUCGCAUAUUCUAUCAGGAGGCCAUGGUCCUCAACAAAUUAACCUAGACCCACGACAAGAGGAGGUCGACGCGUAUUCACACGCAGGAGCUGGAGAUCACCAACAUUACAUACAACCAGCCCUUCCGAGGCCCAUGACUGUUAUGCACAAAACUUCAGCCCAGGGUUCAUCACCAGCUAGAGAAGAAGGAGAAGUACCUGAGUCAGAGCUGGAUCCAGAUACACGCAGGAGGCUUCUUAUUUUGCAGCAUGGGAUGGACACUAAUCACGCCAGAGAACCAUUACUACUCGACGAACCACCUUUUCCGGUCAAACUACCGGGGGUUAUUCCUUCCUACGCAUCUCCCGGCGGUUGGCUGGGUGGUGAAGAAGAGAUGAGUCCUCGAAGACCAACUCGCGCUUCACCUGAGCUGUUGCUUGAACCAGAGUCUCCUUCCUUCGACAGCCAACAACGUCUCCAAGGACCUCCUGGUUUUACUCCUAUUAACGACGGCCCUUAUCUUGCCGAUCGGUGUGGUCCACGAGAUCCAAGAAGGCGGCUCCCGGCAGAAGAGAUGUUCCUUCAAGAUGAUCGACAAGGGCCGGAUGGAUUCUCUUUAGAACAUUCUUCUGUAUCAGAUGAGGAUGAGCAGUCAUUGGGCAGGGGUUUAUCAGAUAUGCCUGACGUACAGUUACAUUCAGGAAGAAUGGCUCCUACCAAUUUUGUCAAUGUUUUGCAAGGGAUCGCUCAACGGUGUAAAGCUAUUGUGGAGUAUAAAUCACUGUUGACUUCAUCAUCAGCGCGAUUACUCUUCACUGUGGAGGUCCUAUUCGCAGGGCAGAAGGUUGGUCAAGGUACUGGCAGGACGAAGAAGGAGGCCAAGAUUCGAGCUGCCGAAGAUGCCCUUCGGUUUCUAGCGAGGCAAUUUCCAUCACAAGGUCUCCAUCAGUCUGUGGGUGUAGCAUCUAGGCCUGCAAAUCAUCCUUUUCUUGGGUCAGUAGAAGAAGGGGAACCGAUGUUAGCCCGACAAAGCUCUAGGGAUCCAAGGAUCUCAGCAGGUCUGGGUCCAGGCAUUAUGGACUUGGAGUUAACCGUGCCCAGUACGUCGGGGCAGGUCAAUUACGAAUACUCACGAGCGGUGCCCAAUUUUGUUGCAACUCUAAAAGAUCGGUGUACAGUACUUGGUGUAAAUGUGAAUUUUCAGGAACUUCCUUCGACAGUAUCAGCUCUAAGAAAAGUAUUUACUUGCCAGGUGGAGGUUGGUGGACAGGUAAUGGGUAAAGGUAGUGGCAUAACUUGGGAUGCAGCCAAGCAAUAUGCUGCGGAGGAGGCUUUGAGAAAUUUGAAGCAAGGAAAGCGAGCGAACAACACCCCACGAUCACCGCCUAUUGGAGCAAAGCGAAUUAGGAUUGGACUCCCCUCUUCACCAGGUAGAGGCAGAGGGAGGUUAUCUCCACGAAGGAGACCACCGAUGCCCUGACUUAGAAGCUUAGUGUAGGUUGUUUUGUAAAGCUCAUAGAGUAGAGCCGCUUGGGGCAAUCUUCGAGCUACAAUUCUUUGACUUAGGUAAACCGUUGGCUGUUUGUGAGGAUUUAGUACGUACAUUAUUGAUUCAUCAACAUUGGGAUUUUUUCUUCUAGUUUUUUUCUUGCUGCCAAAAGCAAGAACGUGAAAGCACUAAGCCUAGCUAACGAAGGGCUCGAAGGAUAGGUGUAGGACAGUAUGAGAACUCACGAGGAGGAAGAGCAGAAAUUUUCCAUCUGUUACGAUGUGGCCUCUGGAAGCUAUAUUCUCUUGAUGCAGUUACUUGAGCUUCUUUUGCUGAGUAAGUUAAUGCCUCCAUGGGCUGAUGCAACAUUUUGCUCAAUUAUGUACACUCUAACCCCUC